UCUGUGACAUUUCAAAUAUUUGUCUUUUGCUCUCCUGCCACUCCCCACCCAUUCGACUGUUACUCGCAAAUUUCAAAAUCUUUCUCUACUGAACACAGAACACGGAAGAAUUUUCUGUCGUUCCGCUGCUUAUUUUGUUUUGAUUUUUGACUCGGAUUGAGCCAUGACUCGUUCGACUCGGAAGUUUAGGGUGUUCGAGUUCGACGAAGAAGAAGAAGAUAGAGUCGAGAAGGAGUCGGCGAAGUUCGUCGGCAAGUUUCGAAUUCAAAAGAGAAAACGAAACGACAACAAGAAGGACGACGACGCCUCUUCUCCUCUCACUAAGUAUAAUUUCCUCCAGUGCUUUGGAGGAUGUACUGGGACUGUGAAAAUAGAAAGAAGCAAUGAACCUAUUGAUAUAGAUGAUGGACCAAUUGAUGUUGACACUGGAGGAGAGAUGGCUACUUUACGCAAGGGAAAGAGCGAUGAAGUAGUAUAUAUUGAUACAACCAUUAUAGACAAUCAAUGCCAAUAUUCUGUUUCAGUUUCUGCUCGCAUGCCACAAGAAGAUUGUGCUGACAAAGAGGAGAUUUCUCAGAUGGAAACCCUUAUUACAGAUGAUGGGCCAAUUGAUGUUGACGCUGGAGUUGCAGGAGAGAUCAAUACUUUAUGCAAGGGAAAGAGUGAUGAAGUAGUUGAUAUUGACACAACCAUUUUGGACGAUCAGUGUCAAUGUUCUGUUUCAGUUCCUGCUCAAAUGCCACAAGAAGAUUGUGCUGUCAAGGAGGAGAUUUCUCAGCUGGAUACCCUUGGGAUUGAUAUAGAUGAUGGACCAAUUGAUGUUGCCAUUGGAGUUGCUGGAGAGACCGAUACUUUACGCAAGGGAAAUAGUGAUGGAGUAGUAGAUAUUGAUGCAACCAUUAUAGAUGAUCAAUGCCAAUAUUCUGUUUCAGUUCCCGCUUGCAUGCCACAAGAAGAUUGUGCUGACAACGAGAUUUCUCAGCUGGAUACCCUUAGGUUAUCUAGUUUUUCAAAUUAUGAGAAUGAGUCAGUUGGUAUGAUUUCAGAUAAUGAUGUCAGCAUUGAAAUGAGCUCGUCAACUUCUGUCUCUACUCCCUCAGAAGAUGAAGUUCCAUCAGGAAACCAAGUGCUAGAGUGUGCUUCUCUUGGACAUAAAAUUGAUUACACAAAUUAUACAGUUGCUGUUUUUCCUGACUAUAUUCUAUGUGGCGACAUAUAUGGUACAGAGUCUUGCUUAACUUUCUCAGGAAGCAGCAUCAGAAUGGAGGGUUCUACUGCAAAUGGGGUCAAGGGAAUAUUUAAUGCUGAGUGGAAUCUUGACGAUCUUAUUAGUAUUGAGUCAGAAUGGUGUGAGAUGGUUACAACUGCUAUGGUUUAUCUCUGCCUUAAAUCAAAGGUUUCUGAAGGAGCUGGAAAUACAAAUGAUGCUUCAGAUGUGGACAAGUUGAAGUUUUCAGUUUAUGAUCCUCAUUGGCAUGAAGGAGAAGAAGCAAUUAAAUCAUUGAAUGUCAGAUACAAGGAUAUCUGGAAUGUUACUUCUGAAUCUGAUUUGGAGAAGGAUGGGAAUGCCUCUUUUGGGCACAAUGGCAUGUUCACCUCAAAGCCUUAUUUUCCUUUUAUUCAUGAAACAUUCGAAGAGGUUAUUUAUCCUAAAGGUGAUCCUGAUGCUGUUUCAAUUAGUAAGCGAGAUGUAGAGCUUCUACAUCCUGAGACAUUCAUCAAUGAUACCAUCAUUGACUUUUAUAUCCAAUAUUUGAAGAAUAAAAUUCAGCCAGAUGACAGGCAAAGGUUCCACUUCUUCAAUAGUUUUUUCUUUCAGAAGCUUGCUGAUCUAGACAAGGGCCCAUCUAAUGCUUGUGAAGGCAGGAUAGCAUUUCAACGUGUUCGUAAAUGGACAAGAAAGUUGAAUAUUUUCGAGAAGGAUUACAUUUUUAUUCCUGUAAAUUACAGUCUUCACUGGAGUUUGAUUGUCAUUUGUCAUCCUGGUGAAGUGGUUCAUUCCAGAGAGGAUGAAAGUGGAAAUUCAAGGAAAGUACCAUGCAUUUUGCACAUGGAUUCCAUUAGAGGAAGUCAUAAGGGCCUCAAGAAUCUUAUUCAAAGUUAUCUCUAUGAAGAGUGGAGAGAAAGGCAUAAUGAGAUUGUGGAUGACACAUUGUCAAAGUUCUUACAUUUACGGUUUGUCGCACUUGAGCUACCGCAGCAGGAAAAUUUGUAUGACUGUGGCCUGUUCUUACUCCAUUAUGUGGAGCUUUUUCUUGAAGAAGCUCCAAUUGAUUUCAGUCCUUUUAAGAUAACAGAGUUUUCAAACUUUCUUAGUAGAAAUUGGUUUAUACCUGGGGAGGCCUCACUGAAAAGGACACACAUCCAGAAAUUGAUCUGUGAAAUCAUUGAAGAUCAGUCUUGUACUCAAUCUUCUGAUCCAAAUGAGCAAGAAACUGGAGUUGAGUUCCUUGAGGAGGUAUGCAGUGCAGUAUCUGGUCCUGAUACUGAUAUGGAGAUUCAGGUUUCACUCACAGCAAAAUCUCCAAUCAGUGGUGCACAGCGACGAAGACUUGAAGAACUAGGAUUGAAUUCCACGGAUUUGCUCAAACCAGGAACUAGUGCAAGGUUUUUUUCCAAUGGAAAUUGCUGGCAGACAGGAACACUUCAUUGGAGGACUUGCAUGUCACCUGUGGAGGAAGCUGAGGAAACCGGCGAACGAAUCUCUGAUUCAUUGUCAUACACAGAAGAUGAUCAGCUACCUGCUGGCUUGGCAGUGGAAUUUCCCUCAACCUCACUUUCUCUCAAAGACCUUAGAUCUCUCGGUUCAUCUAGGAAUAAAAAAUACAUGCAGCUUGAGGAACCUUAUGACGACUCCAGUCCAGAAGCAUCUAUCAGUAGAUCCCCGAAAUCAUCAGAGAUAGGGGUGGUAGGGGUUGAUGAAGAUCGUUUGCAUUCACAGUUUGAGGGAUUAGACCAUCAAAAACACACAGAUUGCCAUGAACUUUCUUCAAAAUCAACCGAGCCUGAGGAAUUUGUUGAGGGCUCUCGAGAGGGAAACUGCAUGCACAAUGACCAUGUGACUAAUGAUUCGCCAUCAUCCUUUCAUAACACUGGCAAUUGCAAUAAACUUGGCGCAUCAGUUGACGCGAUGAACACUGCUGAAAACUUUUUGAGAGGAGUCCAAAAACCUGUUAUCGAUUUGACAUCUGAUGAACAUACUGCAGAGAGGACAAAGCAUACAUCUGACGGCAUUUGAUUUCUCUAAGGAAGCAUUCCUGAAGAAUCGCAUCUCACUGCGAAUAGCAGUGUUAUAUCAGUACAUAUUCUUAAAGGGCUCGCAAGUAAGGAAAUGGACAGAACUUUGAAGGGUCUUGAGGGUUGUAAAUAUUAUAGAAAGAGGUAGAGAAAAGAAGAGAAUGGCGGGGAGUGGGCUUUUCUGUGGCACAUUAACCUUGAUUCCACAGAGUUUGGUGCUACGUACAGAAGAGCACAUAUUUUGAAGCCCUCAAGGGAGGUAAAUAGAACAAACAAGAUUAUUGAAAGAAAGAGAGCGCUUGUGCAAUGGUUGACUUUUCCGGGAUGCUGAAAAGGCCCUCUCUAUAAGCAAUGAUCAAUGCCAUAUGGUUUGAACUUAAUGCAUUUCUGCAGCAUCAAUUUACUUUUUUUAAUGAUAACUUGAGUAGAUAUAAAUGGGGAGGUAUUAGAAAAAGCCCUUUCCUUUCCUCCCAUCUUGAGCUUUCCACCAUCAAGCCUUGCUAAGGUAAUUAACAGUUAAAGCAAGAUCCAAUGGCUGUCUUAGAGAGAGCUCCCUGAUCUGUGUUCAUCUCAGCUUCACAUCCUGGCUGGGUUCAUCUUCUUUCUGAUGAAGUAAAAUUUGCACUACCUUGAGGGAUGCAUCUGCUCAUGAUCUGAUAGAGAGAGUCUUGGGUAUACUCUUGUGUAAAUUAUAAUUUGGACCCUUUGAUUUUAUUGAUUUUGUAAAACCAUAGCCUAUGUCUUUUAACCAAAGUUGACUCUUAAUUCUUUUUUAAAUGUAUGUGUUUUGGACUUA